UACAUUUUUUUUUGAAGGACGGAUCAUACACUUUUUUUUUUUUGAAAUAACGGAUCAUACACUUGAUUGUAGGUAAGGGAGAACAGAUCGAAAUUUCCAGCUGCCGUAAUAUCUUCAUUAUUUGGGCUUUGAAAACGUCGGUACGUGAAUGAAUUUCGACCGAUGCUAGAAAAGUCUCCGUUUUAGUUCGAUAGCAAAAGGGGCGAAAAAGAUGCUGGAAAGAGUGGUUCAUCAGGUGCUACUAGGAUAUCUUGGGCGAUAUGUCAAGGAUUUCUCGAAGGACCAGGUGAAGGUCACUCUUUGGAACAUUGAGGUUGAAUUGAAGGACAUAGACCUCAUCCUCGAAGCCUUCGAUUAUCUGCAAUUACCUUUUGCUUUGAAGCAAGGUCGAGUUGGGAGGCUCAGCAUUAAGGUUCCUUGGAGUUUGAUUGGAGGUGAACCCAUUCUUAUUGCUUUGGAGAAUGUUUUUUUUCCGCAUCCCCCAGGGACGAUCAUGAGUGGAGAAUGGAUGCCAUUGAAACAAGAGAACUUGCUGGCAAGAAGGCUAAGCUUGCUGCUGCUGAGCUUGCUAAACUAUCACUACGUGUUUGUGAUAAUAAAGGAGGGUGGUCAUUCAUUCCCUUGUUACCACAAAGGUUCUUGAGAAUAUCCAGGUGUCCAUUAGAAAUUUCCAUGUUUUGUACUGUGAUAUGCAAUCAAAUUCGGAGCAGGUUUUAUUUGGUUUAAGAUUUUCUAGCUUGACAAUGUUAAAGCAAAAUUCUGUUGGGUUGAAAAUGGGUCAGGAGAGCAAAAUUGUGGAGGUUGAAGGGUUAGAAAUUUAUUGUGGCAUCUCCAAAGAUGUUGGCAAGGAUUUGAGUAUGAGCAAUGUUGGGUUUUUUGAAUCUUGGUUCAAUUCACACUUUGUUGGUGAUAAGCCUGAACAUAUAGUAGAUCCGUUCAACGUAUCACUGUCUCUUUUGGUGAACAGAUAUGGAAAACAUAAUGAUUUGCCUCAGUAUUCUAUCAGUGCUAAAAUGACCUGUUUGGUUGUGUCUUUGAAUGAGAUUCAGUUGCAGCAAAUCUUGAUCCUUUCAGAUUACUUAACUACAAAUCAGUUAAGGGAGAAGUAAGCUUGAUGUU